UAUUGAUGAUGUUACCGUCUUCCUCAAAUCUGAUUGGCCCGUGUUGCAGAAGCGUCGUUCCUGAUUGGCUCAGCCCACCGCCAAUCAACUAACUGAACACCGGUGGAGCUCAACGGGAUUCGGUUUUUAUUUUACUGUGUGGACAGCGGCAGCUCGGUUUUCGGGGCGCUCUGGGCUUCCACCUGUGAGACGCUGGUGCUCAUGGACAUUUCCAUCUUCCAGAUGAGGCGUUGAUUCGGGGUUUCCAUCAUCAUGGUGUUGAGGAAAAGGCUAAAAUGGAGCGUUAGCAGUGGGCGGGGUGGCGCCGCCGGUGCCUUGUAGCUACAAUUAGCUUGUAGCCCGCUAGCUGGAUGCUAGGCCUUUCGGUUUGUUUAGCUUGUAGUCCGCUAGCUGGAUGCUAGCCCUUUCGGUUUGUGUGGCUCCUCGGACAGGUUUAUUGUUUUAUUCCUCCUCAAAUACACCAGGCCUUUGUUGUUUUCAUCUGUGGAAUAUAAGAGGAGCAGAUAUGCAGGGUGUUUAUAGUUUUCACAGAUUCAUGAACCGACGGGCUUCUGCUAACUGCCGCUACCAGCCCACCGUUUACGAACAUGCUGCCAACUGCUACACUCACGCACUCCUCAUCGUGCCGGCCUUCGUGGGAAUGACGCUGUUGCACUGCUUGUCCGACAACAACUGGGAGCGGAUCACGGCCUGGGUGUACGGACUGGGCCUGUGCGCCCUCUUUGUGGUCUCCACCGUGUUUCACAUCAUCACCUGGAAGAAGAGCCACAUGAGGUCAGUGGAGCAGUGCUUCCACAUGUGUGACCGAGUCGUCAUCUACUUCUUCAUCGCUGCCUCUUACACACCUUGGUUGAACCUGCGGGAGCUCGGACCGUUAGCGGCUCACAUGCGCUGGUUUGUGUGGCUCAUGGCUGCUGCUGGGACCAUUUAUGUCUUCAACUAUCAUGAAAAGUACAAACUGGUGGAGUUGGCCUUCUACUUGACGAUGGGAUUUUUUCCUGCAUCAGUUGUGACAUCAAUGAGCAACACGGACGGCCUGCAGGAGCUGGCGUGUGGUGGACUCAUCUACUGCCUCGGCGUGUUCUUCUUCAAGAGCGACGGCGUCAUCCCCUUCGCUCACGCCAUCUGGCACGUGUUUGUGGCUCUGGCUGCCGCCGUGCAUUACUACGCCAUCUGGAAGUACCUGUACAACACGCCCAGCUCCGAAUCCCUCCUCCAGUCCUGACUGCCCAGCCGCCCCCCACUGCCCAACCAAGCUGCAACAGUAAAAGUUUACGACAACGACCUUAACUUGUUUACUGUUUUGUAACCAGGAGGAAAGCAGGUUGUCACCGUCCUCUGAUGAAAUCAAGUGUUUUUGUAAGAGAAGAAAUCUCCAGAGCUCUGGUAUUUGCAACGUUUGAUAGCGUGUUUUUAAAACCACUCAAUGCGAGUCACAUUCCUCUUUAAGGGUCGAUCUGAUUCAUCCGGAGAAAAUAGAGCAAGGUGCUAAAAAUCAGCAGCUCUUAUUAUUUCUACUGAAAGAAACCAAAGCUCCAAAUGAAGGCAGCAUAACAAAAACUUCAACGUUUAAAAAAAAAUGGUUAAGAAUGUUUUAAGGUAGAGUUAUUCACAUAUCUGAACCAAAACUAUAUAAAUCAUGAUUUCUUCUAUUAAUAUUUGUUUAGCGCAUGCUCGCUCUGUUUCUGUUGGAAGUUGUUGGCGCCCUCUGGUGGCAGCGGGGUAGCAUUCCUCAGUAUUUUAUCAUGUAGAGGAGAAACAGGAGAGCUGGGGUGUUAAUGAGCCAAAUGAGGAGACUCCCAAUUAAAAGCAGUUUUAUUUAUUUUUUUUAAAUAAAAUGUGAAUAUUGUGUGUGUGUGUAUGUGAGCUGUUGUGUUGUGUAACAUUUCCUGUUGUAUGUCUUGUGAUUUUUACACACCGAUGUUAAACAGUGUUUCAUAUCAUGUGGACUAUAAUUAUUUUUUUGUACGUUUGCUUCCUGUUUUGUUUUCCUUCCAAGCGACGUCUGAAACCAACUCCCAGUUCAUGUUUAAUAAUCAUGACUCUUCUCUUGUGAUUCAGUCUGUUUUCUAUGUUGAUUCUGAUGCUGCUGGCCUUUUUGCAGAGAAUAAUUGCUUCUGGUUUCUCUUUCACUGGCUGGUGAUGGUUCUUUGUAAAAUCUGAACGCUCCACUGUACUGAACAUCACCUUGGUAACGCGACAAUAAAGACAAUAUCUGCA